AUGGGCAUCAUCGCACUCAAGUCUCAUCUUCGCAUGUUUAGGUAUCUACCCCGAAGAAUGAACGGAAUUUUUGCGGUGGAAAAACCCAAAGGUGUGACCUCGUCAAAAGUGGUGCUUCAGCUCCAGUCGAUUUUUGACACCUCAGAUGUUUUUGCUCGCGAUUUGGCGGAGUCAAAGCAGAAAGUCCACGAACAACUUACAAAGGGAACCAAAUGGCUGGCUAGCAAAAUCGCCAAUCGUGUGAAGAAAACGAAAAUCAAAGUGGGCCAUGGCGGUACACUUGAUCCGUUGGCAUCUGGUGUUUUAAUCAUUGGCGUUGGCACAGGAACGAAAAAGUUAAGUUACUAUUUGGGUGAAUGCACAAAAACAUACGAGACCCGGGCAGUCUUGGGCCAAUCCACUACAACAGGCGAUUCCGAGGGCGAGGUUUUAACCCGAACGGAGGUCGACCACGUCACAUUGGAUGACUUGAAAAAAGCUGCACGCAAGUUUGUUGGAAAGUCGAAGCAGACUCCUCCAAUCUACUCUGCGCUCAAGGUCGAUGGUAAACCGUUGUACGAGUAUGCAAGAGAAGGAAUACCCUUGCCGAAAGCCAUCAAAGCUCGUGAUGUUACUGUGGAACUGUUCACGGUCCACGAUGAUUUCGGGCCUCAUCCAGACUUUGGUCCCAUUAAGGUAGUUCCCGAUGCUGAAGGCAACACGGUCGAAGCGAUGUUGGCCAACAAUCCGACGCUCAAUGACCACGAAAUCUAUUUCUCCGACGAGUUCAUGGCCGACCCAAAUGUUUCGGACGAAGAAAAGAACACCCAUAUUAAACCGAGAUUAGUGGACCCUAACACACCACAACCGGACUCUUUGCCUGUCUUCCAUGCCACUGCCACCGUAGGGUCUGGAACUUAUAUUAGAAGCUUGAUUAGCGAUUUGGGUCGCGCAGUCGGCUCCUCUGCAUUCAUGGUGGAGUUGGUGAGACUGAAGCAAUCAGAUUGGGAGUUGGGCAAGAAUGUUUUCAAGGUAACAGACUUUACCGAGCGGGAUCUGCGUAUCUGGGGGCCUGUCUUGAAAAGAGUGCUUGAUAAUGGUCCAGAAGUUUUGGUAGACGAAGAGUUUGAAAAGGUUUCUCAGACUUUGGGCCCUUUGUUGGCGGAAGAGAAAAAGCGAGCUGCGGAAGAACUUAAGCAAGAGAAUCAGGAUGGGAAGAAAGACGAAGCAGAAGUGAAGCAUGGAAAUGAAGACGAGGAGAAAGAAAAGACAGACGAUAACGAAAAAGAUGUCCAAGAAACAGCAGAUUUGCAGGCUGAAAAAAGAAGAAAGAUUGAAGUACUGGCAAUGACAAACGAGCAGUAA